AUCACCAAGAAAGGUAUCAAAAACACGAGAGAUUGCACAACAAGAUCCAUGGAGAUGCGCUGUAUCAGCUCAUCUUUAACGUCAACUUCUUUUUCAACCUCAAUUCCACUUCAUUCGAUUUUUCACGCUAGUACACAACAAAAAAAUAUCGUACAAUCCAGGUCAUGUGCAAGUAAUUCAUUUUUCCACGACUGUGUACGUUUUUCCGUUGCCCAGGAAACGAUAUGUUGUUAACAGAAAUCGAAUGGAAUCGGAAGGAAAAUAAAAAUUUUUUUUAAGAGUACGAAUAAGGAAAUGAAAAUGAAUUUUUAAAUAAUAUUAAUUGAAUGCAAAGCACUAAAGGAAGCAACAAAAAAGUGAACUAAACGAUGUCGAAAGUGUGGGAAGAUCGAGAGAUAAAGUUUGAUGUACAAAACAUCCACAAGAAUCUUCGUAAUGGAGAACGAGUUUUGGAUGUAAUUGAUUCGGUUGAAGAUACUAAAGGGAAUUCAGGAGAUAUUGGACGUGUCAUUGUCUCCAACUUGAGAAUGAUGUGGUAUUCACUAACGAAUCCUAAAUUUACAUUAUCAAUAGGAUUUUUUGCAAUCGUGACUAUGAAUGCAAAGAACGUGAUAUCAAGACUUCGUGCAAAUACAGAGGCACUGUACGUAUUGACAAGCACCACAAAGCAACGUUUCGAAUUUAUCUUCACCGAUUAUGGCACAAAUCCAGCUCACUUCGCGUCAAUAUUCGAAAUCUAUAAAAUUUAUCAAGCCACAGCGUUAUAUCGCGAAUUGAAAUUGCGAAGUGCUAUAUUGACAGAUGGUCAAUUAAACAUUCUACCACAGGAGCAAGUGUAUAAUCAAUUGAGCGGCAUUUAUAAUCUAUCAAGCGAUCAGGGCAAUUUGGGCAUAUUUGUGAUCACAAAUAUUCGAUUGGUGUGGUAUGCUGAUGCAAAUGAGAGCUUUAAUAUUUCUCUGCCCUAUAUGCAAAUAACGAGCGUUCGCAUGAGAGAAUCUAAAUAUGGCUUAGCUUUAGUAAUUCAAACAGCAUCAACUGCAGGAAAUUAUGUUUUGGGCUUUCGAAUCGAUCCUUCAGAGCGUUUGCAUGAUGUUUAUAAGGAAAUUUUAUCACUAUACACAGUCUAUAGUGAAACACCAAUUUUUGGAGUAAAUUUCGAUAGAAACGUAAAGGAAAAGGAAGACGAUCUUUUGAAAAUAGAUGAUAUUGCAGAAAUAGAUGUUGCAUCAUCAAGUGAAAUUAACAGUAAAUUUACCAUGUAUCUGAGAGAAGGUGACAAUGAGAAUCGUCGAGAACCAUUCUAUUGUAAAGAGUUAGGAUUUGCUAUGGAAAAGCUCCGAGAUGGAUAUACGAUAAGAGAUUUGUGGAAUGUGAUGGGAAAUAACGGAAAAUAAAGAAGUGGGAGAACGGAAAAAUUAUUUUUCUUCUUCACUAUUGCAAUAAUCUACGACUGCAGUUUAUCCCAAUUGACAAAAGAAUGAAAAUCUCUUGCAUUGUAUUUCUUCCUUCAUUCUUUUCGUUUUCUCACACGUUAGACAGACCGAAUAAUUGCUAAGGAAAUACAAACUUUUGGAAAGGAACAAUAAAUAAAGUGAAAAGUUUUUUG